CUGAGGUCGGUAGGGGAAGGCCCGCUCCUGCGGGGUGCGCCUGCGCGGUGCAGCAGCGCACGUGCACCAGGUGGAAGGCUUGCCGCGGCCGGAGGUUCCUGAGGAUGGAACCCGAGAUGGAGGCACGGAGCGCCGGGGCAGAGGAUGGUUUCACCCAGGCCACCCGCAAGGGUGGCCGGCGGGCGAAGAAACGGCAGGCCGAGCAGCUCUCCGCAGCGGGGGAGGGCGAGGACGCGGCCCGUAUGGAAACGGAGGAAGCCCAGCCGGCGAAGAGGCCUAUCUUCCCGCCCCUCUCCGGUGAUGGGCUUCUGAGUGGGAAAGAAGAAACAAGGAAAAUUCCAGUCCCAGCUAACAGGUACACACCCUUAAAAGAAAACUGGAUGAAGAUAUUCACUCCUGUCGUAGAACAUUUGGGACUCCAGAUACGCUUUAACUUGAAAUCAAGGAAUGUAGAAAUCAGGACUUGUAAAGACACAAAAGAUGUUAGUGCUCUGACAAAAGCAGCUGAUUUUGUGAAAGCCUUUAUUCUCGGGUUUCAGGUGGAGGAUGCACUUGCCCUCAUCAGGUUGGAUGACCUAUUCCUUGAGUCUUUUGAAAUUACAGAUGUUAAGCCUCUAAAAGGAGACCACCUGUCAAGGGCAAUAGGAAGAAUUGCUGGCAAAGGAGGAAAAACCAAAUUCACCAUAGAGAAUGUGACACGGACGCGGAUAGUUUUGGCUGACGUGAAAGUUCACAUUCUUGGCUCUUUCCAAAACAUCAAGAUGGCAAGAACUGCCAUUUGCAACCUCAUCCUAGGAAAUCCUCCAUCAAAGGUUUAUGGCAAUAUUCGAGCUGUGGCUAGCAGAUCAGCAGAUCGAUUCUGAUUUUAAAUCAGAAACUUUUUAUCUUGUCUUUGGACUCUAGAGAAAAAGACCUUCUACUCUAAGUGGUCACAAGAAACCAUGUGAAGAAUUUUUCAGUCACCAUCAGCCUCGGUCCCUUCUUCCAUUCUCAGCCAGAAGCUUAAACAGAAAGGAAAAGUUUAAUGAUAUUCACACUCAGCAGCUUUUAGGAUAAUUUAAAUAUCAAACUUUAAUACUAUUAUUAUACUUAUACAUUAAGUAUAAUUUAUCUCUUUAAGUUAAUGUAGCAGAUUUACAUAGUUUAUAAUCCUCUCAUUUGAAGGGAAA